AUGAGCACAAUGGAAGCGCUGUUUGUCUUCGAUGAGCACAACAACCCGGUGCUCGAGCACACGUUCAACGGCCGCCCGCCGUCGAGCAGCACCCUCCUGCCCCUCUACCUCGCCCACCCGGCCCCGCGGCCCUCGCUGCUCUACCUCCCGGCCACCAACCCGGCCACGCUCCUCUACUCGCUCGUCCAGGACCAGCUGCUCUUCUUGGCGCCAUGCUCCGCCGACACCAACCCCCUCGCCGUCCUCGAGUUCCUGCACCGCGUCGCCGACGUCCUCGAGGACUACCUCGGCGCCCCGCUGCUCGCCGCCAAGAUCGAGGCCAACUAUGACGUCGUCGCCCAGCUGCUGACGGAAAUGGUCGACGGCGGCAUCGUGAGCUGCACCGAGCCGAACGCCCUGCGCGACCUGGUCGAUGCCCCCUCGCUGAUGAAGAGCCUGCUGGGCGGCGUCGGCCUGCCGAGCACCACCCCGAGCUCUCUGGCCCCCUCCAGCACCCCCUUCUCGCUGGGCAGGGGCGGGUCCGGCCUCAGUCCACACCUGGGGCCAAGCAACACCGCCCCGUCCACCUCGCCCGUGCCCUGGCGCAGAGCGAACGUCCGCCACACCAGCAACGAGAUGUACGUCGACGUCGUCGAGUCCCUGUCCGUCACCCUCUCGCCCUCGGGCCGGCCCCUGUCCGCCAUCGCCAACGGCACCAUAGCCUUCACCGCAAAAGUCUCCGGCGUCCCCGAACUCGUCCUCCACCUCGGCUGCCCCGGCGGGAUAACCAACGCCAUGUCUCUCCCCGUCUUCCAUCCCUGCGUCCGCCUCAACCGCUGGAAAGAGAGGCCCGGCGAGCUGUCCUUUGUGCCCCCAGAUGGCCGCUUCGUGCUCGCCGGCUAUGAAGUCGACCUCCUCGGUCCCUCUGCGCUUGACGCCUUCUCCGCUUCACCUGCGCAGCUCCCAAAGCUCGCCAUCCCCGCCACAGUGAGCGUGCAUACCUCUCUCGGCCCCAGCGGAAGCGAUUUUCAAGUCAGACUCCAGCUCAACCCGCGCUUCACCGGCAAGUCAUCCGCGCCCGCGCCGUCCUCGGCCUCCUCGCGCGGUGGCUUGGGCGCUCGCAUAGCCGCUACAGGCGGCUCAGGUACAUCCACCGCGCCCGCCAUUGAAGAGAUGGUCAUCCACAUCCCGCUCCCGUCGUCCGUACGCAACAUCCUGGAUCUGCGCGUGGCACGAGGCACGGGCGACGCAGCGUACGCGCCGGGAUCCACCUCCAUCGAGUGGCGCAUUUCGUCUCGCGAGAUCGCCCUCCUCAUGUCCCAAGACCGCGGCGGCGGCGUCGGGUGCCACGCUACCCUCUCGGGCACCGUUGUGGGGCAGCAAGAUGACGAGGUGGGAGAGAGCUUUGACGACACAGCCGUCUCGCUCUCCACAGCCACCUACAACUACGACGACGACCAGACGAGUAGCUACCAAUCUGCACGCUUUGCUUCCGACCGCAAACCCCAUAACGACGCCGACGCCGACGCCAAGCGGAAAAAGAUGAACAAAGUCCUCAUGCCCAGCGCCGCCACGGUCAGCUUCAGCGUCAAGGGCUGGCUGCCCAGCGGCAUCAAGGUGGAGAGUCUGAACGUCGACGCCAAGAGAUCUCGCGGUCUGGGAGGCGGCGUCACGCCCUACAAAGGCGUCAAGUAUCUGUGUGUGAGUCGCAGGGGCGUCGAGUGUAGAUGUUGA